UUCCGCAGUGGACUUUGUCAGUCGCUAUCUGUAUUUCAAGUAAAGCGCACGUUGAAUAAAAACAUUCGUUAAUUAGAAACCAUGGCCUUGUUAUUGUGGGCUUGCAUUAUAGCUCUCCUUGUUUAUUUGUGGUUCGAUAAGAUUUUGAAGCCUCACAAGUUCUGGAAGAACAGAGGAAUCAUACAUAAUAAACCGGUGCCGAUUUUCGGUGAUACACUUGAUAAUGUCAGGCGAAAAGAAUCUUUCGCCGCGUUAACAACGAAAUUAUAUAACCAAUUCAGUAAUGAACGAUACUUCGGAUGGUACCAAUUCAUGUCGCCGAUCCUGAUGAUCAGAGAUCUCGAUCUCAUCAAGCAGAUCGGUAUUAAAGACUUCGAUUAUUUCACCGAUCAUGUGAGCUUCAGCACCGAAGACAUCGAUCCGCUUUGGAGUAAAAACUUAUUUUCCAAUAAGGGUCAGAAAUGGAGAGAGAUGCGACCGGCGCUCAGUCCUUCCUUCACUGGAAGCAAAAUGAAAAUGAUCUUUCACUUGAUGGUAGAAUGCGCCGAAAAUUUCGUCCAAUAUUAUCUUGAGAAAAAUGAGAAGAUCGUCACGGUCGAGAUGAAAGACGUUUUUACCAGAUUCACGAACGACGUUAUAGCGAGUGCAGCUUUUGGAGUUAACUGCAACUCGCUGAAGGAUCCUGAAAAUGGUUUCUAUAAGAGAGGUUUGGAGAUUACAGAUUUCAGUGGUUUUAAAGGACUUAGAUUUUUCUUCUAUAAAAUAAGCCCAAUUCUCACAAAGUUAUUUAAUAUUACAAUUAUUUCCAAAGAGGCUGGUAAAUUUUUCAAGAGUAUAAUCGAAGAUUCUAUUAAAUUGCGCGAAGAGCAACGCAUAAUUCGACCAGAUAUUCUUCACAUGCUGAUGGAAGCCAAGAAGGGUAAAUUGAGCGAUGAUUCAACGAAUAGCAACUCGGAAGGAUUCGCUACAGCCCAAGAAGCAGCUUACCAUAACACCUCAAAAAAAACUGUAAUCACCGAUGAUGAUAUUGUGGCGCAAGCCAUCAUAUUCUUCAUCGCAGGCUUUGAUAGCUCCUCAACCCUCAUGACUUAUCUCGCCUAUGAACUCGCCGUGGAUCAAGAAGUCCAACAAAAACUGUACCAAGAAAUUUAUGAAACCGAUAAACUCUGUAACGGAAAAUUGACUUAUGACGAAUUGGUGAAAAUGAAGUACCUCGACAUGGUCGUCUCCGAAACUUUAAGAAAGUGGCCUCCAACUCCAACUACUGACAGAGCUUGCACGAAGAAUUACGUAAUCCCAGCAUCGAAACCCGGAGAAAAGGACGUGACGAUCGAGAAAGGAACGACGGUUUGGUUUCCUAUUUACGGCUUGCACAUGGAUCCGCAAUACUAUCCGGAUCCCACGAAAUUUGACCCGGAACGGUUCAGCGAUGAGAACAAGCAUAAAAUAAAAUCAGGUACUUUCGUGCCUUUCGGAGUUGGACCAAGGAAUUGUAUUGGAUCCAGAUUUGCUUUGAUGGAAAAUAAGAUUAUCGUGUACUUCAUCUUGAAGUACUUCAAGAUUGUGCCAAUCGAGAGGUCGGUCAUCCCGGUCGUUUUGAGCAAGAAACAUUUCAACAUGACUGCUGAGGGUGGAAUGUGGUUGGGUUUGGAAAAACGAUCACUCAUAUAAUUUAAUAGUAAAAAGAAGUCCUUUUAUCAGUAAAAUUUGCGUCAGUUGUUGUUAUCAAAAUGCAUCAUAAUAAUUUCGGCAUUGCUUGCAAAUCAUUAAAGAAUAAAUAAAAAAUAUUUAUCAAAA